GGAGAGCAUGCAGCCAGAUCAUCCAUCGAGCUGUGUCGAUCAAUAUCCAAUGCGGACGCCUAUAUAAACCACACUGCCACUCAGUUGAUCCAUCAUCCAUCCGUUAACCCAACCAAGCAGCCCAUUCAGACAUGGCAGCUCCGAGAGCGCUCGUUCUCGCCGUCCUUCUGGCGACUGCCGUUGUCAAUGCCGAGGCGGCGUCCGUCGUGGUCGGCCUGGCCAAGUGCGCCGACUGCACCAGGAAGAACAUCAAGGCCCAGGAAGCCUUCAAGGGUCUUCAGGUGGCGAUCAAGUGCAAGAACAGCCACGGGGACUACGAGAGCAAGGCGGUGGGUGCCCUCGACAGCACCCACGGUUGCACAGCCAGGACUAAAGGCCUUUGUGAACCGGGACUAAAGGCCCAUUUUCUACCAGUGACCGGCGCCUUCAGGGUGCCCCUGGCCGCUGGCCUCCACGGCAAUGAUUGCAUCACGCAGCUCCACAUCACCGCCUCCAACGCGCCAUGCCGCGGCCAGGAGCCAUCCAAGAUCGUGCCUGUGUCGGAGGGCACUACCUUUGGCAUUGUCGCCGGCGACAACACCGUCACGCCGUAUGAAGCGUCGCCGGAGUGCGCGUCCAUGACCCUGUGCGGGCCGAUCAAGAAGCACAUCAUCGAGCACUUCCAUCACAAGAAGCCCGUGCCGCCCAAGCCGGAGGCCAAGCCCCAGCCCCACCCUAACUACGGCCCCGUGCCACUAGUAGAAAACAGAGCUUUGGUUCGGCCAGAAAAGAGCAUUAAUCUGUGGAGUGGAAUCCAGGCUAGUGUGCAAAUGGAUUUGUGA